AUGGAGAGGAGCAACGAAGAUCAAGUGCAAGGCUUUUGGCCUGUGGCAACCGAAGAAAACGUUAAGAUUCAUCAAGAUUUGCUUCAAAGGGAUCCAUCUCCACCGUCAAACUUAAUCGGAGACUUCAUGUACGGUGACGAUAAGCCUUUGUCAGCCGAACAUUUCACUGACAUUCAAAGUUUCUUGCCUGAGAGUAACAAGAAUCAAGUGUUACCGUCAAACUCAACAGAACAGAGGAUCAACACUCAACAAGUGACUGUGAAACAAACGGAGAAAUCUUCACCGGUCAAAGAGGUCGUUAACAUCCGAGAUUCGCCUGUGAAGAUGAUCAGGAGCGCCCAAAAACCGCCACGGAAGAUGAGAGUAAUGAUGCUGCCGUUUUCUCGUGAGAGUAAAGCUGUGAAGAAGUUUCCGGUGGAUGUGGACCCGUUUAGAAACGUGGAAGAGCUGAGGAAAGAGCUGGAGAAGAUUCAGCAGCAGAGGUCCAGUGAGUUAAAACUGCCUGAAAAAGGUUAUUUCUUUAUACACAAACAGAGAGUGUUGGACGAUGAUCAGUCAUUCCGGUCUAACGGUGUUGCUCCCGGCGACACGAUUGAGAUUUUUCCCGGUUAUGUUACCCAUGAUGGACAUAUUUGA